GUUUAGCUUAGUCAGUGAAAUACAGCACUGGAUGUUUUGUAGUUUUAUAAUCUUUGAACUUGUUUUAGUGCUUCCUUUUUAUGCAACAUUUUUAUGAAUUGUUCAAAACUGUGUCCUGAAAAAUUUUUAUCUGGGACCAAGCCAGAUCCUAGUUGAUAUCUUGUGACAAGUGACAGGCACACAGUUUAUAUUUACAUGGAAUCGAAGGACCUUUUGAUCUCUUGAACUUUGCAAUUACUGAAUUAACCUGAAUCAACAGCAAUUACGGAAGAUAACGCUGCACUUCUUCAAAAUUCUAUGAAAUUAUUGUAUAUUGAAUUUUAUGGCAAACAAAGUUGAUGCAAAAGUUGUUUUGCUUGGGAAGGAAUACAGUGGAAAGACUUGUCUGGUUGAGAGGUAUCUACAUGCUAGAUUUAACAAGGAUGUACCUUAUCAAAAUGUAAACAAUAGAGCUGCAUUUGGGGCCAAGAGAGAAUUCACAGAAAAAUCACUCACCCUGGGAAUAUGGGAUACUGCUGGAUCAGAACGAUAUGAAGCAAUGAGUCGGAUAUAUUACAGAGGAGCUAUGGCUGCAAUAAUUUGUUAUGAUUUGACAGACUCAACUAGUUUUGAUAAAGUGAAGUUUUGGGUAAAUGAGCUGAAAACUCAUGAAGAGAGUUGUAACAUAUUCCUAUGUGGUACGAAAGCAGAUUUAGUUCAUCGAGAUAAAAGCAUUAGACAAGUGGAUUAUCAUACUACCACGGAUUAUGCAGAUGAAAUUGAGGCCAAAGUCUUUGAAACUUCAAGUUUAACAGGAGAGAAUGUUGGUGAACUGUUUUACGAUGUUGCCAAAACAUGCCUUGAGAAACCUGCUUUAAAAGCUCCAAUAGAAAUGAAUUCGUUGUCUUUAGAAGAGCCAAGGAAGAAAAGACAUUGUUUUUGCAGCUAAUAUCUUAGACAAUCAAUAAUAUGGUAGAACAAGGCACUUUCAGCAUGGGUAAAUAAUAUUUAACUUAAUCAGGCUUGUUUUAACAACCUUACAUACAUUUGGGAUUGAUGAAUGAAUUGACAAUGGAUAUAAAGUUCCUUGAGAAAAAUAAGGCAAUAUAACAAUGUCAAAAGAACAAUCAUCAAAGAACCUACCAUCACCAGUGAAAGAAAAAUAGAAUUUCUUUGAGUUAAUGACAGUGCACUACUUAGGAAAUCAUAUAUAUACAAUGUAACUGGUUCGAUUUGAUAACAUGUACAAGAAGCUUGUUUUUUCAAAAUCUGGUGUAAUAUUUUCAAUAAACAUGCUCAUCUAGGUCAA